ACAUGCCUAGCUUUCCGACAACCAAGAAGAAGAAGAAGACGAAGAGGAGGAAGAGGUCGUUGUUAAGGAGGGCGAAAUAGUUUAUUUUAUUUGGUAUUGGAAGCAGACGGUGGAGCUGCUGCUAAGCUUCACGAUAUUGUCGUUUUGAGGAGGCCCGGGCAGCUCGCAGGUAGCCGGCGCUAAAAUGCUAAGUAGCGUGCUGUUUGUGCCGCUGUUGUCAGGUCCUCUGUCAGCUGUAACACGGAUUUGACCAUCACAGCCCCACACAUUAGCCUGAAGUAAUCUUCUGCAUUAUAUGAGGAGGCAGCCGUCCCCAGUAUAUGUAUAUUUUAAACACAGCUGCAGGUGAGUCCGCAGCUGAAGGGCAUCACUGUGCCCUGGACAGAAUCCUGUGAGCAAGAAUUACCACUUCACAAUUCACGUUCCAUGCAUACUUUUGCAGUGAGCUCACUGAGCUGCUUGAUCUGCUGGAGCAGGAGGGGCUGAAAGUACCUUUUCAGCACGUCAUUAAAUUGCAGGAAGCUGAGCAGGUAUGAUGGCGGUGGCAGGCCAAGCAUGGUGGUGGCUGCGUUCCUGGAGCAGCAGCACUGCUGGAGCCCAGAACACAAAGACAGCAGCAGGACACCAACACAGUGGCAUCUUCAGCAGCUGGACAUCCUGGAUCUGGGGAGUACCCAAAGAUCUAUGUGAUCCAGACAGCCCAGUUGAGGAAUACUGGGAGGCAUGUGAGAAGCUUCAGCAAAUAGAUACUGAAGACAUGGGUGCUGAAAAGGAGACAGUAAAAUCCAGAUGGUGGAAUAAAAUCCUCCUAAGGUUCUACAUUUACUUUCCCACAAAAACAAAGUCAAGUGCACUACAGCGAAGGAAAUGUGAUCCAUGUGGUGAUGUUGAUGGAGACGUUUCUGAUUAUGGAACACCUCCUCCAUCUCCUGUUCCAUCUUCACGUCUGUCAUCGCCUUUUCGUCUCUUUGCACACAGCUGGAAUGUGGAAAUUCUACCAGAGCAUUAUGAGAUCUGCUUCAAUUUCCUCCGACACCUGUUUGAUUUGUUUGUGGUGGGCUUCCUUUGGACUGUGUCGCCCCCUGCCAAGCUGAUCCUGGAGGUUUUUGGGAUUCAGGGAGCGCUGAGAUUGUGGUUUCAUGGAAUGGCUAUGUUUUUUGUCUCCACAAUUGGUAUGGCAGGAUUACUCUGGUUGAUCCAGGAGUAUCUUCCUCAGUUUGCUUUGGUGUAUGGAAUCUUGCAAGCAUUGGUGAUAUCUGUCAGCAUCCGACAGAGUGUGAUCCUUGGUGUGGAUGAAGAAAAUGAUGAGGGAAAGAAGGAUGAAAUGAAGGACAAGAAAGACCAUAAAGAAAAGCUUGUGCUGCCUGUAAAGGAGACUGAAGUCAAGUUGAAAUUUUGAUGAGGUUCUGGGGGAGCAGCUGCUGUCCCGUAUCAGAACUCCUGCAGGACUUUGGCAUCUUGUAAUCCAGGACGUCACAGACUAACACUACACGGCACCUUGGCCAUUUUAUUGCACACGUACUGCAGAAUCAGUAUGUUGUAAUUAUACCACUUUUGUGCAGCACUCUCUGAUACAAAUGUUUUACACUUUGAUUUUAGUUUGUAAUAUGACAGCAUAUGUCCUGGUACUCUAAGCAGCAGGAGCGGAUGUCAGUCCGGUUCUGGAGUUCUGUGCUUCAGCUGCACGAUGUUUAUGCAGUUGUCAGGCGAAAACAUCAUGAUACAUCUGCAAAGCCAAAGACAACAUGGGAUUGUUUAGCAGCACUUCAUGCUGUCAACACUUUAUGAGAGCCAACAGAGCGUUGGUGGGUGGAGAAAACACAAGUGUAGGAAGAGGCAUUAUCAUCACACACCUUUCUGUGCCCCUGAGGCCUGUGGUUAGUAAGUUUGUAAAUAGUUUAACAGGUUCAUGCCAGUGCAUGAGCUCGUGCUGGAGAAGAGAACCAGCUCCGCUGUGCUACAAUAUGUGUAACGUAAAUGCAUUUUUGAGUGGAAACCUGAAAUGGAGCUCUUUCAGGAUUAUUUAUUUUAAGGUCACUUUUAGUGUCAGAAGUGUGGAAAUAAGGCCCCAUUAAUAAUAAUAAUAAAAAAAAUUAGUUUAUCAUCCCUGCCUACAUGCUGAAAUCGGCCUGCAUCAGUGUUGUAUUUAUUUUUUUAUUUUGGAGAAUUUAAUUGGCGGCGGUACAGCUGGUGCAAGAACCGUCACGUCCGCUAGGUGGCGACUGUGCCUUGGCCAAAGACGGUCACUGACAACCAGUUAGUUGCACGGUGUCACUCACACGCAGUGCGCAUGUUUAUCACGCUACCAGUGUGCAGCACAUUGACUGUAUUCAGCAUGGAAACAAGGAAACAAGAUUUAUUUGAAAAAUAUAUUUUCAGUUCCUCAUCCGGUAUGCAAGUGCUGUAUGUGUCGUUUUUCAGGUUUGAAAUGACACUUGACUGAUGUUAAGGAUGAUAAACUUUGUUUUUUAAUGGGGCCUAAUUCCAAGCGACUGAGACUCCUCCUCCCUGUCUCCUUCUGGACUUUAUCAUCCUGUGCGCAUACUUUCAGUAAAAACACUAAUUCAAUAAAAACACAAAUUUAACAGGAAGCUAAAGGAACGUGACACCAUAUAUUUAUAUAAAGCAAACACGUGACGACAUGUAUUAAUAACCAAACCCAGAGUUUUCAAGCAGCCACAGAGCGUGUUUGUCUGCUCGCCUCUCCGGCCUUGUUGUUUUCACCAACGUGGCCAAGUGGUUAGUGCACUUGGUUUCAGCAUGGAAGGUUUUCGGUUCAAACACCCUGCCACAUUUCUCCAUAUAAUGUGGAGUUGCAUCACGAAGGGCAUCCAGCGUAAAAACUGCCAACAUCAACAUGGAAACCACCACAAAACGGGAACUUCAUUCUCUUCUGGCAGAAGCUGAAACCAGCACCCCCCCCCCCCCAACACUAAUAAAAAUGUAUAUAACUCCUCCUGUAACUGACAGACAACAGGACAGGCCUCCAGUCAACACAGCACCAUGAAAUAAAAAAAAACAUUCUUUCAGGGUCGCGUUUUUUUUUUUUGAAUAUGAAAGAAGAGUUACAGUACAGUGCUGUUUUCCUCUGUGCAUAUGUAGGUCUGCGUAGGUGAUUGUGUGCAUGCAUACAGGUUAGCUAGGUAAUUUUGUACAUACUAGUUACAUGAUCUUUUUAAUCAUACUACAAAAAAAUUUGGCAAAGGUUCAGUCCUGUUUGACCCAGUCAUGUAUGUUUAGCGCAGGACGUCUAACAUUUAUGACCGAUUCACGUGGAAUGAGAACAUUUGCUGUAGAUGACAGAUGGGAGGGGCUAUGCAUUAAACAGGCCUGACAUGCUGCCGUCACUCUUCAAAAAAAAAAAAAAAGGUAAAUGUACUGCAUUUAUACAGCACUUUUCCAUAUGAAUCAGAAGCUCAGAUCGCUUUUCAAUGAUGCCUCCCAUCUGUACACAUGCCACCAAUGUCAGGGUGCUGCCAUGCAAGGUACUCACUACACACUGGGAGCAACUUGGGGAUUAAGGACUUUAUCCAAGGGCCCUUUAGUGAUUUUCUGGCAUGACAGGGAUUUGAACCGUGAAUCCUCUGGUCUCAAGCCCACCACUUUAACUGCUAGGUCACUAAAAGGAAGAAAAUUCACUGACUAGACUGAACAGAGAUUUAUCUCUAUGGUCUGCUUUUUAUCGUCAACCUGUUGGUGAAGUCUUUUUCUUUCUUUUUUUUUUUGCCUGUUUGGGUUGUGUGCAGAGGUGCACGCCGCGUGGAGCAGUGUGUGCAGAGUACUGAAGUGAGUAGGCUGAUCACCUGGUACACGCACAAAACAAGCGCAUUCCAUCUCUCUGACAUGGCGGUUUUAUUUUUGAUAGCAGCGCGCUCUGCCCAUGUACCAACGAUGCACUGAGGUGAGAUGCUGACGUGUACGUGAUCACGAUUUCAUACCUGUGAUGUGUAAACACAUCGAUGCAGAAAUAAAACGUGAACAUCAAACGUCGUGAUCAUCUUCAAAAUGCCUCAUUCAGCACCUCCAAAGGAGAUAAACGCCUUUUCCACAUAUGACCGAUAAGUUGAGGACAUUUUUCUGGAUUGUCAGAAAAUUGAAGAUGCUGGAAUUUUUGCAAACGUGAACGCACACGCAGUAAAAUCACGGAUAACAUCUGCUAAAAAUUACUUUAGUCCACCUCACAGUGUAACAUGAAUCCUGUCUGAAUCGGGUUUUAGUCAUAUAAACAUUACCAAACAUGAUAUGCCAAGAUUUAAUUUAUUAUUUAGAGGUACCUUCAUCAUCGCUUCACGAGUUACUCCACAGGACAAACCACAGCCGCUCCAAAGUUCAGGGUCAUUCAGCUCAGCUUGAACUUGGGCGGGGGGUGGUGUUUCUAUUCUAGUAAAUGCAUGUUUCAGUCCCACAGUUAAUAUUUAAAUCAAAUAAUUGAAAUAAAAAGCUGUGUUUUUUUUUUUAUUAACACAGGAAAAUUAGAAACGCGUCAAAACGUGAUGGAAAUUUUCACCCAUAAAUGUUUGUAGGAAGAGGUCAGAGUUCACACGUUUAGAUUGAUGUUCAGAAGAGAUAGCUGUCUGUCUUACUUUUUUAAGUUUCAGCGCACAGUAACUGACAAAAACCUUUGCACAGUAGUGUUAAUUUGCUCAUUUUUCUUACUGCUGCUGUUUAUGAUCUUGCGUGUGCUUCAUUGCGCCAUGAAUAACCAGCUGAUGUUCUGACAAAUGUGUCAGUGCACCACUUUGUGUGUGAUCAGAACCGUGAUCAAGGCCCAGAGCCUCACAUCCGGCUGCGGGAGUGACGACAGGUUCUCUGCUUGGGAAUGUUCAGUCGAGUCAUCAUUAACCAGAGUUAGACAAGUCGCUGCCAUGGAAACGGCACAUCCUACUGACUUCAUACAAAUAAUGUCUCAUAAUCAGAGAAACCAAUAAUCUCAUCCAGAUGGGCACGAAUCAUCAGACGGUGCGCUGCCACAUGGGGAUCUGAAUGGUCAAAUCCCACUACAUCAUGGAAGCGAGACUAUGCCGCCCCAUUCAGUGAAGAAUCGUGACAGUCUUAAAGUCGGUCUUUGUCCCUGCACCAGUUUGACUGAUUAAAUCGGGAUCCAGUUGGAAGCUCGUUGUUGAAGUUGAAAUUGUUCCUUUUCUGAGUGACGGUUGAGUUAAUAAGAGUUUUAAAAAGGAAUAAUCUGCAUCAUCGGUCAUGCUUAGUUAUGUUAGGAGGUAACGUCACAUCAUAGAAUCCAAUGGAUGUUGACCUUGUUUCACCUUUACUUUGCAGACCAAAUAUUCAGUACAGUCAAAACUAUUACAUUUAUUAAUUCUAUUAACCAAUCAUUUGCACCACUUCUUACCAAAAUUUCAGCAACUUUAACUUUUGACCCCUGUACAAACUGAAAUUGACCUUUGUCACCAUUCUUGCUGUUUUUACCCCAUAACUCCAGACCAUUGAGUCAUAGAUAGUCCAAACUAUACCUUUUUGGAAUAUUUAUGAUCAGACAAUGUAUAUUUUUCCACAUGAUUGGAACAUUUUUCAGUGUUCAUUUUGUAAAAUGGUUGCUGUGAAUGACAUUGAUCAUUCAUGAUGACCCAAUAUCCAGUUUAUUUUGGACCUCCUUUGCCUGUAUGUGCACCAGAUUCUAUGCUUUUAUCCCAAAAUGCACAAUUGUUAUGUAAACUUUAGCUAAGCUGCACCACUAAAGUGACUCAGGGUUCCCUCUUCUUCUCGAGCAGAUUUGCGUGAACGGAGGGCAAACUGUCACUUAGAAAAUGAAAAAUGUCAACUUCAACAACAAUAUUCUAACUGGAUCCAAAUUUGGUGUUUUGUCAUGCCAAUUUUUUUUUUUUUUUUUUUUUUUGCUAUGCUGCCCCACUACUUCAUUAUGAAGCUGGUUUGCUUGGUAAAAAAUUUACUCCCUCAGCUUGAUCUUUUGUUGUUGUUCCCAUGUCAUACUUACUGUGUUCACUUCUUGUGUUCUGCCUUUUUCAGUAAUAAAAACAGGGAUGAAGA